AUGAUUAAUCCGCUUACCCCGAAUUAUCUGAUCCUCGUCGCAUCGGAGUCUCCGGUCGAGAGCGAAGGAAAACAGUGCUCUGGACCACUCAGGAAUUUCUCGCCUGGAACCUCCCGGGUCUCUGUCCCUCCAGAUUAUAGAAAACAGUGCCUCGCCAGCAUCGCAGAUCUUUCGUCUCUUCUUUCCAUCCCAUUGCGCCCAAUAUACUCAAUUUCUGUCUAUCCUUAUACAGCCUUCCCGGAAACAAUUGAGGAUCUGGCAUCCGGAUUGGGCUUCCUGUAA